GAACCACAAUUUCUCUACAUUCUUCUCCGCCUCUCGCAGCCGUAACCCUAUCAAAUUUCUAGGGUUUAGAGAAAUUGCUAUUAGCAAUUAAUUCAAAAAAUUUUGUCUGUAUCGCGCCAAAUCUAUCUGAAAUCUGACCAAUAGGGUUGUAAUUUUUUGGGAUUUUGUGUAUUUUUUUUUGUAAAGAGAGGGGAAAGGGGAAGUUUCAGAUCUGAAAAGUCGAAAUCGAAAAGGGGCUUUUUCGGUUGUGUAUUGAGGAUGUCUCGGUGCUUCCCAUACCCACCACCUGGCUAUUCGAUGAAUAGAGCCAGCAAUGAAGCCUUGAUCGAAUCGAUUAAGCUCCAAAAGGAGAGAGAGAUAGCUAAAGCAGAAAAGAAGGAAAGGAAAAGGGAAAAGAAGGAAAAGAGAAAGGAAGAGAAGAAGGCAAAAAAGGAGAAGAGUAGUCUUGGAUUGGACAAGGCCACUCAUGAGUCCAAAGGGAAGUACUUGUUUAAAAGUCUAGAAGAUGAAGCUGAGCUGUUAGAGAGGAGCAAUCUCACUGAGGAACAUGGGAAAGCCGUAUGUUCACAGAAUUCCAGCUGCUCAUCUGACAGCACCCAGAAUAGCAAUAAAAGGAAGAGGCCUGCCUCACCUUCACAUACUGGCAUACAGGCGCAUGGUAGCAUUAUCAGGAUUAGAUUGUCUAAAAAGGCUGUGCAAGCUGAGACAUCAGCUUCCAAAGAGAAGCACUUGUUAAAACCUGCUCAACAAGAAGCAGAAGUAACUCUGAGGAUAACAGCCGACAGAGCAGCCAAUCCUUUGUUGAAACCUGCAUCAGUUUCAGAGCCAAGUACAUCCGCUCAUGGAUGGGUCGAUCGUGUGGCUGUUGACAAUGCAACUCCAUCAUGCUCCAAAGUGCAGGAGAACAGCAUAGAGUUUCAGUACAAGAAUUUGAUUGAGAACUGGCUUCCACCAAGUCUGCAAAGUGAUAAUCUCGACUUAGAUGAUGAUGAUCAAUCAUGGCUAUUCCAAAGAAAACCUAAGCAAACGCGAGUGGAGGAAAAAAGUGUAGGCAGCAAUGACACAACUUGUGGAAGCUGCACUUCAUUGUGGCCGCGGGCACAGUACCUUCAAGAUGUUGAUUUGUAUGCAUUGCCCUACACAGUCCCGUUUUGAAUCACAUUACAUUUGUGUGUAUAGUACAGGUGUUAGCUGGAUAUACUGCCCAGGGAGUUUUGUAGCUUUUCUCUGGAAACUGAUGUAGUUUAACCUGGAGUUUAGUUACAAUGUCGAAAAUAUUCUUUUUAUUUUUUCAGCUGCCAGUUACAUCUCCUUAAACAUCCCUUGUUCUACUCCAGUCAGUAGAUCAAUUUAGUAAUGGAUUUUCUCUUCUCAAA